AUGUCUGCCCAUCCAAACGAGCUCAUAGAAAGUGCAAUCAGGGAUUUAAACUUGAAAUUAGCGUUGCCAGUUUCUCUUUUAAGAGCUGGAAUCCCGGAUGAAGAGUACAACCAUAUUUUAAGCUUUAGACGUCAGGCGUAUAUUACUCCAACAGUAGAAAAUAUUAAUAUCAAAACUUCUGUUAUUAUCGCUCAUGAAAGCAAUAAUUAUAGAAUCUUCAUCUCUACUAAUAAAAUGCAAUGUUUUAUUUGUAAGCAGGCUAAUCACAUUGCAAGUAACUGUCCUAACUCAACACCUGUGGAUCCUGAGGAAUCUGAAACUACCGCUCAUGUUGAUAAUCCUGUGGAAUCUGAAAUUAGCGCCCAUGCUAAUACUCCUAUGGAAUCUGAAAUUACCGCACAUGCCAGUACUUCUGCGGAACAAAGUACUUCCUCUCCUACAGAUUUUAGCUCUUCCCCAGAGGCUCUGCAAAAUUUGAAUGAUAGUCUCCGCACUGGCCAAAAGAGAAUUCAUCCUAGCUCCAGUGACCAAAAUAGCCCUCCUGAAACCCCUGAAAUUGAUCUUCUCUCCCCCGCAGACCCCCAUCCAAUGCUCCCACCACAAACUUCCCUCCUAAAAAAUAUCCCAAAAACCCAAAAAUCUGUUACGAAACCCACACUAAAGAAGGCUAAAAAAGAAUCUUCAAAAGAUGUUAAACUUUCUGAUGCCAUCAAGGCCGCAAUACAAGAAUAUUAUCAGAAAAACCCCAACGAUCUCUCCCUACCUAUGCAUAACUUUAUUGCUUACAUAGAGAACACCUUUGGAUGUAGUGACCCCUAUUCUGAAGCUUUGCAAUUUACCUCAAAUGUUAGAUCUCUACUUAAAGACAUGCACCUAAUAUAUCCUGAAAUACAAGAUCGGUCACUAAAAAACAGAUUCUCAAGAUUAACAAAAAAAAUCAAGCAUAUACUGGAGGAAAUGGACACUGGAAGCAUUGCCAGCUUAUCCUCACUGACUUCUGUCGAGCAGGAUAACGAAGAUAUCUCAGACUGUUCACAACAUUCUCAAAAGUCUUCCUAUUAA